AUGCUUCUACUAGACGUGAAAGGGGCAUACGACCACGUGUCUAAGAACCAGCUACUUAUAAUUCUUAAGGAUUUAGCCUUUUCCGAUUUAGUUAUUACCCUAUUUAGACCGGAAUCCUAUAAGGAAGGCCUAUUUAGGUCACGUGCAGUCAAAUUUAUCUCUUAUAUGGAUGAUAUUACUCUCUCUUACGUAUCGACUAGCCCCUGCAAAAACGUUAAGAUACUGCAGCUAUCUGAACUGAUUCACUUUAGCACAGGCGAACGCGCUAAGCUAGCAUCCCUUAUACUCCUAGAUGGGACUAUAGUCCCCCUAAAGCAGAUAGUUAAGUGGCUUGGUAUUCACUUUGAUGCUCUAUUACAAUUUAAGGAGCAUAUCACUAUCCGCACUGCUAAGGCUAAGUCCGCAUUCGGAUGUAUAUCUAGGCUAGCUAAUAGCGAAUAA